AUGUGGAAGUCCUUCCUGGUGGUGGUCAUGUGGCUGCCACGGCUCCCCACCCUGAUCUCCUUCUCCCUGCCAGGUGCUAAUGGAUUUCCCUGCUGUGGCAAGGGGGCAGUGGACAUCGUGGAGAUACCGGAUGACUUCAACUCCCCACGGCCCCAUCCCCGAUUAGCAGAAGAGGAAGAAGACCUAGAGGUGGAGGACGAAUUGCUAGAGCAAGAGCCUCGGCCCAGAGCAAAUGUGGAUUCGCACCUGGACUCAGUCCCAGAUCUGGAAGACAACUCAGAUGUAGACAUCCCAGAGAGGGGGCCUGAAGCUAAGUCACACAAUGACCCCUAUUGGGAGAUGAGCUCUCUGGAUUUUGGCUGCGAACACACCGAGCAGCAAUAUUACACAAUAGAGACCCUCCAUCCCUACACAGAGGAGAUACCAAGGACCUUCUCGGGUUGGUCGAUAGGCUCCAACUCCAGCCUCCAGAGUGUCCCAAGGAAAGAACUGACAUGCCCUGAGCAACGCUCCAUCCGCGUACAGACUUCCAAGCACCUCUUCUGGGCAAAUAAGCUCAUCCAAGCAUCAGAGCACAGCCUGCAACAGGCAAUAAAUAGGCACCACCCAAAGCAGGAGUCCAACCCCAAAAACACACUGUGCCCUGAGAAUAUGCUCCAGAUCUCCAGGGCCCUGACAUUUCGCCAAGUCACAACCUCCCAGCCACUAUCAAGCCCUUGUCUGUCAACCUCCAGCCUCCCGCCAUCCAUCGGCCUGGAAGAGCUGAUCAAUUUCGCAUCUUCCUUGGCCGUAGCCUCCAACGACAUGGAGUUGCCCAGUUUAGAACAAAUGAUCAAAGCUCCAUCCCGGAAGUCUGCGGCACCUUCUAAAGAGCCUGUGAAACCUUGUACAGAGCCUCUGCAGCCUCAGAAUCCACCCAAAGCCAAGGAGCCAGAGAAAGUUCCAGAACAGGAAAAACAGAGCUUCCCUUCUUACCUAGACUUCAAACCUGGGAUCAAGAGAGCCACCAUUGAGGGGGAAGUGAAGUUCCUUCCGACACAGGACAUCCCCGCCACGCUGCAGGAAUGCAAGGAAGACUCGGUGCCGGGAACCAAGAAAGGGAAUCCAUUAUUCCUGAAAAUCCAUUUUAAGCUGUCAUCCCCUUCCACCCCAGAGAAAUGA